UUAUGGCGCAUAUAAAAGAGCCAUCUGAGAGCCGCUCAGCAGUCGCUUCGAAGAAAAGAGACCGAGUCGCUAUGUCAGUCUCUGCACUUGUUACUAUGUGCGGGUACAGCUCGCUCUGUAAGGAGUCUUCUUGCACUUUUCUACUCAUGACGUUAAUCCCGUGAUCUGCCUUCGUCUUAAUCACACCUGUUCAAGUCUCUGUGUGUGAUGAGGAAGAAGCUCUGGAUCCCCACAGACUGUGAAUAAGAUGUCAGUGUGGAUUUCAUGCCUUUCCUCGUGGCCUCACUGUGGACUCUGAUCGUCUACCUGUGUUCAGUUAAAGGAUCAUUUGUAGUGGAUGUGACACAGAGCUCCUAUCAGGCAGAGGAGAACCACGACAUCACACUGGAGUGGACGUUCACCACCAAACCAGACACGUCCAUCUCAUCACUGAAGAUCCUCUGUUACCUGAAUAAUGGCAACAAAGAAUUGACUCUUUAUUACCUACAUGAUGGUGUCGAGUUCUCAGAGGUUCAGGAUGAAAAGUUUUCAGGACGAGUCCAGAGUGACAAAGACGCCCUCAGAGAAGGACGAAUCAGACUCCGGCUGUCCAGACUCAGGACUGAGGACUCGGGUCUGUACCUGUGUGAGGUGGACACAGGUUAUGGCCACGGCUACAACAGCUGCAGAGUCACCGUCUCUGAUACAGAUUUAGCUAAAACCUCAACAACAGAGACGUCACUGCAAAAUCCAGCUCCUCAGAAAAAGACUCCAACAAACGCAGGUCGAUCCAGGGUCCCUGUGGUGAUCGUUGUCAUCAGCUUAUUAUCAGUUGGGGCUCUCGCUGGUUUUGCUGCAUAUUUCUUUCACCACAUUUUUCAGAAACUUAAACAGAAGCAUCCAGAGGAGGAUGAGACACAAAAACAACCACUAACAGUCUAGCUGCUUUGCUAAAGGAGCGUUGGUCUUAAUGGAGCUGAGAGAGAUUUGUUUUUCCUGGAUCUUCACAUUUAUGUUGGAUUCAAACCAUCAACCAAAGGGAGACACUCGGCCCCUGUGGUUGAGAUCAUCGUAAGGUCACUUCUUUGAACUUUGACCUCAGCUGAAGACUCGAGCCUCGUCCAGUUAAUUUAUCGAGCUCAUUUUCACACAAAGUGUCAUAAAAGAAAACCCAGAGUGGAAGAUCAGAGGAUGUAAACAGGAAAUAUUUCUUACAGAAGUCUUCAGUCAGAGUGGCUGCUGUCAGACUCUGGAGGAUCUGCUUGUAAACAUCAAGCAGUGAAACUGAUGGAUUUCCUCCUUCAGUACAAAACUGUGAAGUUCAGCCUGGAGAAGAAACACUCCUCUGCCUCACUGUCAGCAUGUUUAAUGAAUUUACUUACUGGUUGUUUGUUUGUUUGUUUAAGGUGAACUUAAACCUUUCAGUAAGACCUCAAAGUGUCUCCGAUGGACAAAUUAAAGGCUUAAAAUCCUCCCUGAUCAUCACUGUGCUGGACUGACAUGGAUCAUUCCCAAACAGUCUUUUCCAUUCCAUCUGCAUUCAUUACAGAUGAAAGUGGAUAUUUCCAACACAGUUCAUGUGGAAAGAUGGGGGAGUCACCUGAAAAUUGUGUUGGUGACACA